CGAAAGUAUUGUGAAAUUAAAUUUUUCAAUCUUGCAAUAUGUAAACGCGGCACAGCAUCCAUACCGAAGCGCAGCAACUACGGCAGCACUUCCCGUCUUAUUCCAUAGUCUUGCGCGACGCAAUUUACUUUUUACGGCAUCUUUCUCGCGGACUGAACGCGUCCGGCAUCGCUGAAGCUAAAAAUAGUAAGUAGAGAAGUAAAGAAGAGCGACUACGGCCGGCGUCGCGAGUACUUGCAGACAUCAUAAUUUGGCAGGCAGCCGUAUAACAAUCGAGAGUCCGCGUGCGGCCAAAAAGAGGGAGGUCAGUAGAACCGCGCGCUAGGCCGAUAAGAAGCGGGGUUCUAUGUUCGACGCGGUUUUAUCACUACACCAGUGGAGUAGGCAGGAUUUUUUAUGCGAAAAUGGAGCACGAUUCCGCAGAGUGGAGCUGCUCUGGCGGCUUCUUUACUGAAUUCGAACGUGCUGACUCUGUGACAGUGGCCGGUGGCGACCAGUGCGCGGCAGCUGAUGCGCCAGCACAGUCAAGCACAGGUAGGUAGUUUUUCAUGCCGUUUCGAUGAACAUAGCUUUUGUCAGAGAUGAAUUUGAAAACAAGGAAAUUCAACAUCUGUUCGCUGCUGUGACCACCACUUGUUGAUUGGGGUGGGGAUAGGUGAAAAUAUGGAUGAUAUGAUCUCCAAUUCAUGCACCGACUUGUACUACAUUUUUCUACUUUGUCUAAGGUUUUCUCGUUGAGUUGUUUCUACAGGCCAAGAAGGAUACUCAUUACGCCCUCAUGCCAACACACGUCAGACACGCUGAAGGAGGGCACGCGACGCAUCGUUCGCCGCUGUAGAAUAACAUCAGCGCAACGUCGGGUGGAUGAGGUACUACCAUUCCAUUUCUUCUAGCAAGCGAACAACAACAAACCUUGAAAUAAUUUUCUCGGAAACUUCAUGUCCACUCACAUUUUUUGAAAUCUUCGAGUUCUCGAUCCGUUUCUACGGAGAGAGCUUUUAUUCUCGUGAAACUACUGUUUCCCUUUCCAAUACACUGAUUUCUCUUAUCAGAAUCAUGACCGGCAGACCGUUCGUGGGUCUCGGCGCACAGCGCAGCGAGAAAAGGAGCAGGUCAGGCGUGAGCGGCUUGCUCAAACUGGGGAAGCGGUCCAGGAUUGGUCAGAGGGAAUGCAUCAGGCCUCGCGUUCUGGAUGGGGGCUUGCAUCGCCAAGCUACCAAUUCCUGAGUAACCGCGUUUUCAAGCGACUCGACGUGCUUGAAGAUGAUUUCGAGUGAGGCCAGUCGAAGUGAAAUACGUCAGCCCACUUCUAUUGCAGACAGUGUUGCUAUGUAACGUCACGAUUUCGUGAGUUUCUCCCAAUUCGCCUUUGUAUGUAUGACCACGAUGAUUCCCCAGCGACACACACAACCUCCCUUCCCUUCCCCGUGCUCCACUUACACUACACCCGUCUAUCUCUCAAGCUAUUGCCUGGCCCAUGUUUUUUGAGGUAACCGCCGUCUUGCGUCUGCGUAACUCCGAGCGAGCUCAAGAU